GCAUAAUCUAAAUGCUGGGUCUACAAUGCGGUCGCAGUAUUGUAACUUAGAUUGCAGUCUUAAAAUCGCAGAGUCGCAUGUCAUGAUGCUUGUCUACAGUAGUCUACACAGUUUGUCGCAAGUCGCUAGGUUGUAACAUAAUAACCAAUCAGUAUACAGAAGUUCGUGCAUGAUAGUGAGAGGUUAUCUGUCCGUUUAUGAAUAUGAAUUCACGCGCAAUUUUUAGCAUUUUAUUUUUAUCGAGUGUAUAUUUGCAUUUGACAUCGAUAUAUUUAUAUCUGAGAAAGAGACAUAAAAGGAGAUGGUGGGUAAAACCAAUAAAUAGAUCCAGAAGUGAUUUGGGAUAUUUCAAUAAUCAAUUCAAAGAUGCGUAUGAGACAGAUCAUGAAGAAUUCUUUGAAAUGACAUAAAUGACACCUGCCCAAUAUGAUCAUUUAUGCCAUCUUGUCAGGCCUUUUCUCACAAAGAGAAGUUUACGAAAACCUAUCUCAGUGAAUGAACGAGUAGCCGCGACUCUCUUAUUCCUUGCUCAUGGUGACAGUGCCAGAUCAAAAUCAUGGGAUUUCCGAAUUGGCAAAUCAACUAUAUACAAAAUCAUAUAUGAGACUUGUGAUGCAAUCUGGCAAGCUCUUCAUGCACGAUAUUUGCCGAAACCUUCGCAAGAGACAUGGGAAAAGGUGAUUGAUGAAUUUUGGGACAAAUGGAAUUUUCCUAAUUGUAUAGGCGCACUAGAUGGAAAGCACAUCACUAUUCAAGCUCCACCAAACAGUAAUUCUUUAAAUUAUAAUUAUAAAGGAUUUUUCAGUUUUAUACUGAUGGCAAUUUGUGAUGCCAAUUAUAAAUUUAUCUGGAUUGAUGUUGGUGACUAUGGUCCCAACAGUGAUGGUGGGGUAUGGGCAAAUAGUAAUCUUGGUCAAAGUUUGGAAUCUAAUACAGGAGAUAUUCCACUUCCAAAAUUAUUGCCUGGUACAACGACUCUGUUGCCCUGUGCUUUG